AGAGAGAGAGAGAGAGAGAGAGAGAGAGCGACCAGGGAUCCAUGGAGCAUGUCACAGCACCAGUGUUUUCUAUGUCUUCUUGUCCACGAUGCACUUUAGGAUUUCAAUAAGAUGCGUGUGUGUUUCCAGAUAAUCAGUUUCUUCCUCGCCGUAAACUUUUACAGCAAGCCGCUCCGAGCUCAGGAUCCCUCCUGUUGCCACCAUGUUGCCAACUUGUCGCCUUGCAAAGAAGCUUGUGACCAGCUUGCAACUAUAAAGAGUGAGUCUCGCCUAAAGCAUCUCCUCCAGAGGUUACCAGGUUACUGUCCAGAGUCUUUGAAUGAACUUUGGACGUGCAUUAACUCUACACUUCCAGGAGUAUCCAGGAAGCCAGAUGGCUGGGUGGGGCUGGGCUGCUGUGAGCUGGCUAUCUCCCCUGAGUGUCGCAAGGAAUGCAGACAGGCAUCAUCUAAAAAUGGCAUAACAAAAGUAUGCAAAAAAGUCACAGAGAACUCACUCUACAGCUGCAUCACCAAAAAUGAAAUGGGCUCCACAUGCUGCAGCUAUGCAGGGCGUCACACCACCUGUAGAGAGUACUGCCAAGCCAUCUUCAGGACUGACUCGACCCCCACUGUGUCCCAGAUCACUGCUGUCAAAGAGUACUGUCAGAGUCACAGCACUCAGCUGCUCAGCUGUGUCAGCAACUUCACCAAGUCCUACCCCAUACGCAGCCCUAUAGAAAGUUUAUACUGCUGUGAUCGGGCAGAGGCUACUCACUGCCAGAUGGCUUGCCGGCGAAUCCUUCGCACCAUGAGCACAGAGAAUGAGAUCAUGGAGGGUUUGAUUGAGGAGUGUAAAUCCCAGCCUCUUCCUCAGGACCCUAUGUGGCAGUGCUUUCUGGGCAGCGCCCACCCUCCUUCCCCACCUGAAGAGGAGACCCCCCAUCCCGGCAAGAUGGACUGUGCCAAGCUGCACUGCUGCUCCAAGGCAAACACUUCAAUCUGCAGGGACAUGUGUCAGGAGAUCAGUACUAACUGGGGCAGCCAGACGUGGCAGGACUUUGACCAGCUCUGUGAGUAUAACCCAGGGGAGACGGAGCUGAUCAACUGUCUGGCUGAUGUCAGGGAGCCCUGCCAGUUGGGCUGCAAGGACCUCAACUACUGCACCAACUUCAACAAUAGGCCCACAGAGCUGUUCCGCAGCUGUAACGUCCAGUCAGACCAGGGCGCCAUGAAUGACAUCAAGCUGUGGUCCAAUGGGACGAUCAAGAUGCCGUUCAUGAACAUCCCUGUGCUGGACAUCAGGAAGUGUCUGCCAGACAUGUGGAAGGCCGUGGCCUGUUCCCUGCAGAUCAAACCCUGCCACAGCAAGUCCAGAGGGAGCGUCAUAUGCAAGUCAGAUUGUGUGGACAUCCUGACCCAGUGUGGAGACAGGAAACGUUUCCAUGAAGGACAAACUCCAGAGAGAAUUUGUGAGCUGCUGUCGCCCAUUGAUGACCCUGAACGCUGCAUCCCCCUCCACAGAUACCUCACCCCCAGUUCUCUAGGCACCACCAUCGUUGAGGAGGUCAUCCAUCCAUGCAACCCCAACCCCUGCCCCAGCAACCACUUAUGUCAGGUCAACAGGAAGGGCUGCCUUGAUGAACUCAACUGUCAGCCAUACCUCUGUGUGCCAGGCUGUAAACUGGGUGAGGCCUCCGAGUUUCUGGUGCAGCAGGACGCUCAUAUCCAGGUGCCGACUCGUGCUGGUCAUGCUGGGUGCUACGAGGUCUGCAGCUGUGGUCCCAGUGGGCGUCUGGAGAACUGUCUUGAGAUGCCCUGUGUGGACACCAACAAGCCCUGCAUUGUAGGAGGACAGAGGAAGAGCCAUGGGACAUCUUUCAGGGUUGACUGCCACACUUGUUCCUGCUUCGCUGGUGACACCGUUUGCUCCACAAGACAAUGUCUCGGCUUCGACAGCUCCGAUGAGGACCGCCGACACUUUACCGGUCUUCCCUGUAGCUGUCCGGACCGCUUCGUCCCAGUGUGUGCCUCUAAUGGGCGGACCUAUCCCAGUGCCUGUGUGGCUCGCUGUAUGGGAUUCAAGGACCAUCAGUUUGUCUUCGGCCUGUGCCGCCUCAGUAACCCCUGCACCAACAAACCCUGCCAGAGAAACCAGAGGUGCAUCCCAAAGUAUCGUGUGUGUUUGAGUGACUCGUCAGACUGCCUGCAGUAUGAGUGUGUUGGCCGGCCUGCAGCCUGUGAUAAGAACAGUGUGGACCUGGCCUGCGAUACUGACGGCCUGGUCCACCCCAGCCUUUGCCAUCUGCAGCAGGCUGGGAAAACCCUGGCUUAUAUGGGCCACUGCCAGGAUGCCUGUAGGAAGCCUCAGCAAGUUUGUGGCCAUAAUGGUGAGACCUACAAUACAGUAUGUGAUGCCUUCUCGGACCGCGUAGCUGUGGACUAUGAGGGCCCCUGCCAUGCUGUGGGGGCCAUGUCUGACUUGGCCCCAGACUCUGCGUGCAGUGUGAUUCCCUGCCCCCCUCUGUCCACUCCAGGCUGCCUGCCUGUCACCCCACCUGGAGCCUGUUGUCCCAUAUGUGCCAGCAUGCUGCAGAUCCUCUGGAACAAAGAGCAGAUGAACAUUUUCUCUCUGCUGAAUAAGAACCAGCCGGUGACGGUACGUGACAUCCUGCAGAUCCUACGGCUUCAUGUCUCAGUGCCACAGUGCGACGUCUUUGGCUACCUGAGCAUCGACCACGAGCUGGUGGUCCUCAUCGCUCCAGUGGACCAGCAGCCAACACCACUGCAGAUCGAAGCCUGCAGUAAGGAGGCAGAGAAGAUCGAUUCCCUCAUCAACUAUGCCAGCCCAACUCUGGUCUCUCACGUCCCCCUCUCCGCCUUCCUCACCUCCGAGAUCAAGACCUCCUCCAUCCACUCGUCCGGGUGCGCUCUGCUUUCAUUUCUGCCCCCUGACCUGUGCCUCCUCCUAGGCCUCCUCAUCACCGCAGCCCCUGUCCUCCACCAGCUCUAAGUGCUUAUUAUCUCCGCCCAGCCCCUCCCUCACUAACUCUUGAGUUUUCCAAAGUAACCCCCCUCCCCCCAUGUGAGGACGCAGGUGUCAUGAGGUGAGUGUGUUCGUGGAGCAGGAAGAAGCAGAGGUGAUGUCUUCCGACAAUCAUUCCUAUUGACUCACCUGCGCGUCAAACAAUCAAGGCGGUGGAAAAGCUAUUAUUAUGGAAAGCUUUUGUAUGAACAGUGUUAUUCAGUGAAGUGUGUGUGUGUGUGUGUGUGUGUGUGUGUGUGUGUGUGUGUGCGCGCGCGUGUGUGUGUGCGGGCGUGUGCGUGUGUGGAUUUCGGAGACAAACGAGGACAAAACAUCUCUUUGUGGCAGUACAUCUGUCUGACAAAUUACCUAAAAUUCCCUCGGCCACACACACUUUCACACGCACAAAGAGUGGUGUCACUAAAUCCACACUUUGGACCAGAGGAGCUUUUAUUCAUAGUUCCAACAACAGUCAAAGGACACCCACCCCCCUGUUUAUUGUGUCCGCACUGCAAGAACUGGGAUCGAUUGUAGUUCUUAGAACGCCGUUUUGAGACGCUACUUCAGAGUAGGUACUCUCCCAGCACAAUAAGAGCCUUGAGUGAUGUAAGUGUACGGUCAUUGGUCCAGACAAAAGUAUAUGUUGAUUGGUCAAACACAUGAGCCGAUGCAGCGCCAGCAACCGCCUUUUUUAAAACCUUAAAAGUGUAAAAUGUAGCCGUAAGCUCAUAUCGUAUCAUAGCAUGGAUGCAUAACACGAUCAUGAAAAGUAGGCUUGAAAAAUUUUACAAAACAGGACAAAUGGACCGACAGUGAAGUCACACAGAAGGGACGUUGCCAUACCAACCGCCAGCCACUUACAUCACUCAUUCCUAUUGGCAGUGCGAAUCCAAGCAGAAAAAAAACCCUGGAAGGUAAUGCAGUUGUCAGGGGAGCUCCGCAGAACUGUUAAGUCCAAAAACGCCUCACGUAUUAGGUGUAAUCUCAUCAGCAUUGAAGUGAUACUUUUCAAGCCUCCAGUAAAUGAGAAUGCACAGCUUGCACCAGAGCGCAUGAUGUAUAUACAUGUGAGGUAUAUAUGGACCUAGUGUUUGAACCUCUAACCUCAGCAGUGUUAGUGCCAUGCUCAUGGACUGAGCCAGCUCAUAUGAAACUAAUCUAGCCUCCAAAGUUGGUUGUAACUACUGACCAAAUAAAGUGCCCAAAAGUCAAUCAAAAAGUAUUAAGGGAGCCCAAGUUCUGUGUGUUUCACACUGCAGUGUAGUGAAGCAGAUCAGAGCUGAAAUGGUGAUCUGGGAUCUAAAUCAAUCUUAGAUAUUGAGUAUAUGUCAGUUUUACUGAUAACAUGAAGCUUUUCUCCAAAACAGUCCUGGUAACACUUUAUGUGAGGUGUGUUCAUUAAGUAUCAUUAAUAUAUUAUGAGCACGUUCCAAGUGCAUGAAAACAAAUAUCAGAACAUGACGUAUUGUUCACAAUGUGAAUAAUGUGUUACAGAAACUUUAAAGAUAGAAACACUUAAUGGUGGAACUGUAUAAUUAAUUCUAUGACAAAAGAACAGUUUAAAGACCAUACCACUGUUAUUCUGCACCGUAGCCUGAUAACUAAAAGUCAUGUGUGCUUUUCUGUACAUUUCUGCUGAGCAUUUUCCAAAACAUAACAUCACUGUCUAGAUGGAUUUCCUACUUUGCAGCUCCUUUCACAACCAGGGCUUCAACUAACAAUGAUUAAAAUGUUUUGAUUACUGGUCAACUAAUUUAGUGUAGUCUUUAAAUAGUCAGAAAAUAGUGGUUUAAGACCAGUGGUUCCCAUCCUCGGGUUGGCACCUCCUAAAGGGUCACAAGAUAAAUCUGACCAUAAGAUGAUUAACAAGAUAGAAAAUAGGGAAAGGAAAUUAGGAAAAUAUCUUGACAUCAUCAGCGUUAUUUUCUUAGAGCCAGUAAAACAGUUUUCACAGACUGAGUAGUACUCCCUGUGAUCAAGUGUAAACAUGGUAAUGCCUGUAUAAACCAUUUUUCUUCAUACCUUGUUGGAAUAUUAUACCGUCUUUGUUUCAAACAGGAUUAGAAUCUGCAGCAAAGGCAUCACACUGACCUCAACGAAUGUGUGCUUGUGUUGUGAGUGUUAAGUCUAGUUCACACUACACGAUUUUUAGCCCAAUUUGCCGCUCGGCGACCGUCAUAACCACGGCGGUUGCCAGUCGUUAUGUGUGAACUACUCAAUGACGCA